AAACAAGAAGGUUUUUCAAAAACUUGCCUAAGGCCUCGUUUUGCCACCCCACUCUCCAGCGUCCUAAGUCCUGUCAGACAACAUGGGUCGUAUUGUGAAAGAUCAGGCAGAUACCAAGACCCUCAAGCCUAUGAAGCUAACGGAAGAUCAGAUAAAGAAAAUUUUCAAGAAAUACGACGUCAAUAAUGACAAUCAGCUCAGCAAGGAAGAGCUGAAGAAAGCCUUUCAUUACCUGGGCUCAAUUAUCCCUGGCAUUCGUGCCAACCGCGGCCUCCACCACGCCGAUGCCAAUAAAGACGGAGUAGUUGAUGAAGGGGAGAUGAACGAACUCGUGAAAUAUGCUGUGGGACUUGGAUUUAAAGUUAAGGCGUAGAAAUCCUUAAUUAGGUACUUAACAAUAACUUUUCAGAUAUGAUGUACUAAUAAUAUGUGUGCUUUGUACUUGCAAGCUUCAGCUUCUUCUAUGAUGUAGAAGCGAGAAAAAGCUAGACCUUCCGCAAUGUUUACUAUACAAAUUUAUGUAAGGAGGCAAUGCGGUUGUGUUGGUUUCAUGUUUACUUUUCUUUUUCUUUCCUUUCUGGUCGUGCUUGUAUUUUCUUGUCAUGGUAAUAGCAAAGAACAUUGUCUGCUCACUAUGUUUGCAUGGUGGAAGCAGAAUUUAUAUGGUCUAUUACUU